UUACCACAGCCACAAAGUCAAAUUGUCUAUAGGCCUAUCAUAAAAGUUUAUGAAAACAAACAUUUAGGUUGGGGUUAGGCAUAAGAUUUGCAGUGUGAUUAAAGUUAGGUUUAAAAUAUGAUUUUAAGAAGAUAAAUUGUAGAAAUUGGCGGAGGUGGUUAUGACUUUAAGGCUGUGGUAACUAGUGACGACCGCAAAUUCUCAAACAGCAAGCAAGUGGGAAAGGUUGCUUGGUCGACAAGAAGCUAAAUAUGAACGAGACAAUAGAUCUGUAAAAAAAUAAAAAAAGAACAACAUUUUUUUUUUAAACGGGAAGACAAUAUGAGUGACGCAGCUGCAACCGGAAGGCUAGAGGCACUGUCCUCCUAAAUUAACUGUUGACUGAAAUCAGUUGGACCACAUUGUUUGCCAUGGGCACCACACUGAGUGAGCCUUGCAUCUACGACAAGCUGUCUGAGAGCAUCGAUAUUCUCCGCCAGUCGGGGUAUCGCUAUGGCAUGUCAGAGAGGGAGAUCGAGAAGUUUAUCAAACAAGUCUUGGAGACCAACGAGCCUCGAAGAGACCCACCACAAUUCCCCAUCCUUCGAGCCACCAUCAAGUUUGUGGUAGCAGUAGGCUUUCUGGUGGUGGUGGUACUGGCCUUCACCUACCCCCAGACUCGGCCCCAGCUAGGUGUGACGUACACGGGGGGACAUAACUGGUCAUCCCCCCUCAGUCACAUCAGACUGCUGGCUCUGCCCAUUGCCAAGAAAUACAACCUGCAAGGUUUCCAUGAGUGGUGGAGUGCAGGGGCUCUGCGACAGGGCCUGGUCAACUGUUCUGGCUGUGCUGAGGUGUCCUCUGUGCUGGAGGUCCCUGAGACACUCAGAGAGUCUACAGCCAUGCGCAGAGGUCCACAGCCUGUGCUGCUCAAGGGUGGGGAAUCUCUGUGUCUGCAGAGGCAGCAGCUGGAGGAGCUCUACUCAGCCCACUCCAGCUCCAUGAGUAUACUACUGGAAGAAGAUAACCUACUGUCACAUGAUGAGGGUUUUCCACAGGGCCCCGCAAACUUUACCCUGCUCUGGAGGUUUGCAUCUGGUGCCAGAGAGAAGGUGUUGAGGUGGCUGUUCCCCAAAGCUGAGCUAUGUCCUCUACUGGACAGCGCUGGAACAACACUGCAGCGUUGCCUGGUCACACAUAGUGCCAACUCUCAGAGCAGAGGGGUGCGUGUGCUGGGCUGGCUGGUGGUAGGAGAAGGGCUACCCACGGUUCGAGUGGUCCCUGUCCACCGCUGUCAAAAACACUGUAGCUCCUUCAACCUCUGGCUGGGACCGGGAGAUAUGGUAUAUGCUGACCCGCGCUACUGGCAGAUGGAGCUGUUCCCCGGCCGAGACCAGAACAUUGUUUGUGACGGUUCCACUUUCUAAGGGAGGAGAGGAAAAGCUGAACGAGACAGAAUGGGAGUAAAUGGGAGGAGGAGGGAGGGUUUGGACUUGCCAUCCAGAACUCUUAAACCCUCACUCCAGUCCAGACUUCUUACCGGCUGAGAAUAUAUCACUUCCUGUGAUUGGACCUUUUAACUGUCCCUUGUAGGCUUGUCCCACCCUCCUCUCUAGGUCUGGAAAAGUAUACUUUCCACAGGCACAAAAGAGACUGAAGAGUUUCCCCUAAUACCAAACUCAUCCCUAGCCCCUACUGUUCUCUUGCCUAAUACUACACGCAUCCCUAGCCCCUACUGUUCUCUUGCCUAAUACCAAACUCAUCCCUAGCCCCUACUGUUCUCUUGCCUAAUACUACACGCAUCCCUAGCCCCUACUGUUCUCUUGCCUGAUACAAACGCAUCCCUAGCCCCUACUGUUCUCUUGCCUGAUACUACACGCAUCCCUAGCCCCUACUGUUCUCUUGCCUGAUACUACACGCAUCCCUAGCCCCUACUGUUCUCUUGCCUAAUACUACACGCAUCCCUAGCCCCUACUGUUCUCUUGCCUGAUACCAAACCAAUCCCUAAACCUCACCCCUCUCUGGCCUAAUACCAAACUCAUCCCUAGCCCCUACUGUUCUCUUGCCUAAUACCAAACUCAUCCCUAGCCCCUACUGUUCUCUUGCCUGAUACUACACGCAUCCCUAGCCCCUACUGUUCUCUUGCCUAAUACUACACGCAUCCCUAGCCCCUACUGUUCUCUUGCCUAAUACUACACGCAUCCCUAGCCCCUACUGUUCUCUUGCCUGAUACCAAACCAAUCCCUAAGCCCCUACUGUUCUCUGG